CCUUGCAGCUUGCUCUGUGCGACUGCCGCCUCCUCAGCCCCUCCACCUAGGCGGCAUUCGAGCAAGAUAAUUGCAGAAACUGGGCGGUGCACUUGCGUGCCCUAGGCAGAGGUUGGGCGCCCUGGCGGAGGCUGCGCUAGCAGGCUGCGCUAGCAGGGCGCGCUGGGAGGUGGCGAUCACAGCUGGGCCGGGACUUCCUUCCUCCACCGCAGGACAACAAAACAACCCGCUGCAGGCUCAGAGCUCUUGGCAGCUGUCUGGGCAAGAGAGGCGCGGCGAUGGGCUCUGUGCUGAGCAGCGAAAGCGGCAAAUCCGCUCCCGCCUCAGCCACCCCGCGGGCCCUGGAACGUAGGGGGGAUCCUGAGCUGCUCGUCACGUCCUUUGACUGCUCCGUGUGUCUCGAGGUGUUACACCAGCCUGUACGGACCCGCUGUGGCCAUGUAUUCUGCCGCUCCUGUAUUGCUACCAGUCUAAAGAACAACAAGUGGACCUGCCCUUAUUGCCGGGCAUAUCUUCCUUCAGAAGGAGUUCCAGCAACUGACGUGACCAAAAGAAUGAAAUCAGAGUAUCAGAACUGUACUGAGUGUGACACCCUGGUAUGCCUCAGUGAAAUGAGGGCACACAUAAGAACAUGUCAGAAGUACAUAGAGAGAUAUGGACCACUACAAGAACUUGGGGAAACAGCAACAAGGUGCCUCUGUCCAUUUUGUCAGAGAGAAUUGGAUGAAGACAGUUUGCUGGACCAUUGUAUUACUCAUCAUAGAUCAGAAAGGAGACCAGUGUUCUGUCCACUUUGCCGCUUAAUACCUACUGAGAAUCCUAGCAGCUUCAGUGGCAGUUUAAUAAGACAUUUGCAAGUCAGUCACACUUUGUUUUAUGAUGACUUCAUGGAUUUUAAUAUAAUCGAGGAAGCUCUUAUCCGAAGGGUCUUAGAUCGAUCACUUCUGGAAUAUGUGAAUCACUCAAAUGCCACAUAAUUUCAUUAAAGAGGAAAGAGACCAUACAAUUGCACCAUUUAUUAAGAUGCUGCUUAAACAAUUGGAGGGAAAUUGUCAGUGUUCUAUGGGCAAAGACAUACAACAUAGCUAUAUGUUUUUCUGUGUUUAUUGUUAUACUGCAUUUUAAAACUGCUUUAUUUUUAUGGCAUAACCUGUGUUACAUUUUUAGUUUCUUAACAAAAAUAGUCUCUAUCAGCCAUGAAGUAUGAAAGACAACAUAAGUAGGAUAAUGUGGUGAAGGAUCUUUAUUUACAAAGUGGAUGAUGAUGUAUGUAAUGCUACAUAUUAACAACUCCCAUCAUAGUUGGGCAAGACAAUUAAUCCUUGUUCUAUGUAAAAAGAGAGUGAAGCAAUGUGUGAACAUUCAAGGAAAUAAAUCAUCUGAAAACUGAUAUUCUAAUAUCUAAUAGAAUAACAUGGAAUAAUCUUAUGUGAAAGUAGGAAAUUAUAAAUUUUGGAUGUCAACAAACUUCAUUUAACCAAAUUAUAUAGCAUAAUACUGUAACAAAAUAAGUUUUAUGUUAGGAAUGUUUACUUCAUUCUUUGACUUUUGAUAACUAUGCACAAAAAGAAUUUAACAUUAUAUUUUUCAAAUAUUUGUAGCUAUUAUUUAGAAACAUUUGUAUAGGAUAGAUCAUUUAAGAGCCAUCAGUUUGUAAUUACAGUAGAAGUAUUCACACCCAUAAUUUUUAGUAGAAAACCCUAAGGGCUUUGAAUUUUUUUUUUAUGCUGUA